AGUCACGUUGGGGGAACGGCAGAAAGCAGCUAUCCUUUUACACUACUUUGCUCUAGCAGCUAUCUUAAUGAUUGCAAGUACGGCGGACAUCAAGCAGGAGAAUGGGAUGGAAAGCGCCUCGGAAGGGCAGGAGGCGCCCCGAGAAGUGGCCGGGGGCGCGGCGGCGGGGCUGAGCCCCCCGGCUCCAGCCCCUUUCCCCCUGGAGCCGGGGGACGCCGCGGCCGCCGCCGCCAGGUUGAGCGGAGAGGAAGGGGUGGCGGCGGCGGCCGGAGCGACGGCGGAUCAGGUACAACUCCACUCGGAACUUCUGGGCAGGCACCACCACGCCGCGGCCGCCGCCGCCGCGCAGACCCCACUGGCCUUCUCGCCCGACCAUGUCGCCUGCGUGUGCGAGGCGCUGCAGCAGGGGGGCAACCUGGACCGCCUGGCCCGGUUCCUGUGGUCCCUGCCCCAGAGCGACCUGCUACGUGGCAACGAGAGCCUGCUGAAGGCGCGGGCGCUGGUGGCCUUCCACCAGGGCAUCUACCCCGAGCUCUACAGCAUCCUCGAGAGCCACAGCUUCGAGUCGGCCAACCACCCGCUGCUGCAGCAGCUCUGGUACAAGGCGCGCUACACCGAGGCCGAGCGAGCCCGCGGCCGGCCGCUGGGCGCCGUGGACAAGUACCGGCUGCGCAGGAAAUUCCCCCUGCCCCGCACCAUCUGGGACGGCGAGGAGACGGUGUAUUGUUUCAAGGAGAAGUCGCGCAACGCGCUCAAGGAGCUCUACAAGCAGAAUCGCUACCCUUCGCCCGCCGAGAAGCGGCACCUGGCCAAGAUCACCGGCCUCUCCCUCACCCAGGUCAGCAACUGGUUCAAGAACCGCCGGCAGCGCGAUCGGAACCCCUCGGAGACCCAGUCCAAAAGUGAGUCAGAUGGCAAUCCUAGCACUGAAGAUGAAUCCAGCAAGGGCCAUGAGGAUUUGUCUCCUCAUCCACUCUCCAGUUCUUCCGAUGGUGUCACCAGCCUCAGCCUUUCCAGUCACAUGGAGCCAGUAUAUAUGCAACAAAUUGGAAAUACUAAGAUAUCAUUAAGCUCUUCUGGAGUUUUGUUGAAUGGAAGCUUGGUACCUGCAAGUACUUCGCCUGUCUUCCUUAAUGGUAAUUCUUUCAUUCAGGGACCCAAUGGAGUUAUCCUUAAUGGAUUAAAUGUGGGAAAUACACAGACAGUGUCAUUGAACCCACCAAAAAUGGCAUCAAACAUAGUGAGCAAUGGUAUAUCCAUGACUGACAUACUGGGGUCUACCUCCCAGGAUGUGAAGGAGUUCAAAGUCCUCCAGAGUUCUUCAGCUAACUCAGCAGCCACCACCUCCUACAGCCCCAGUGUCCCUGUGUCCUUCCCGGGGCUGAUACCCAGCACUGAGGUGAAAAGAGAAGGCAUUCAAACAGUGGCUUCCCAGGACGGAGGCUCUGUAGUGACUUUUACUACACCAGUGCAAAUUAACCAGUAUGGCAUUGUCCAGAUCCCCAAUUCCGGAGCAAACAGCCAGUUCCUUAAUGGGGGCAUUGGAUUCUCUCCACUGCAGCUGCCUCCUGUUUCAGUGGCAGCUUCACAAGGUAAUAUUUCAGUAAGUUCAAGCACUUCAGAUGGGAGCACAUUUACAAGUGAGUCCACCACAGUCCAGCAAGGAAAGGUUUUCUUGAGCUCUCUUGCUCCCAGUGCGGUGGUAUACACUGUUCCUAAUUCAGGCCAGACUAUAGGAUCUGUUAAACAAGAGGGCUUGGAGAGGAGCCUCAUAUUUUCUCAGUUGAUGCCUGUCAAUCAGAACACACAAGUAAGUGCAAACCUGUCUCCUGAAAAUAUCUCGGGGAGUGGCCUCCAUCCGCUGGCCUCCUCGUUAGUUAAUGUAUCCCCGUCUCACAAUUUUUCCCUGACUCCCCCUACCCUACUGAAUCCCACCGAGCUAAACCCUGACAUUGCUGAUAGCCAGCCAAUGUCUGCACCUGUGGCAAGCAAAUCUACUGUGACAUCUGUCAGCAACGCUAACUAUACAACUCUUCAGAACUGUCCCCUUAUUACCGGUCAAGAGCUAUUGUCAGUCCCCAUGGCCCAGGCUGCCCUUGGGGAAAUCGUUCCUACAGCUGAAGACCAGGUGGGUCACCCCUCCCCAGCAGUACACCAGGAUUUUGUCAGAGAACAUCGUUUGGUUCUGCAAUCAGUAGCUAACAUAAAAGAGAAUUUCUUAACAAAUUCUGACAGCAAAGCAGCGAGCAAUUUAAUGAUGCUGGACUCCAAAUCCAAGUAUGUCCUAGAGGGCGUGGUCGAGACUGCCUGUGAAGACCUGGAAACAGACAAAAAAGAGCUUGCCAAGCUCCAAACUGUCCAACUGGAUGAAGAUAUGCAAGACUUAUAAACUUUAUUUCCCUUUUUUUUUUUUCUGGCAUCAACGGGCAAAUCUUUUUAUGAAGCCCUGAGGACAUAGAGCAUUUUCCCAUUUAAAGGGAAACACUAGUUUUGCAAGUAAAUGCAUCAAGAGACUUCGGAUUGAUCUGCAUGAAGAUCACAGUUAAAUAUACAGGGGUAGAACUGCAUUACUGCAGCCUUUUUGUUCACGUAUGUUCUCUUUUAAAUAGAUGGAGACAAAGGAACAAGAUGAAAUAUAUCAAGUCAAAGUGUAUCGUUUGGUUCACUUACUAUGAUUCUAAGGUCAAAUGGAACUUGCUAAAUAGUUUUUUAAGUUAAAAAUGUAUACACCUAACAAAAUUAAAAAUCGCUACAGAGCAUUAGAAACAAUACAAUUCUUUUUGUUUACUUUUACUCCGUGGGCAUUGAUAAGGUUAAGAAGCAUAAAUGGUACUCCACACUAUUCUAAGGGUAUAUUUUUUUGAAUAUAUGCAUUUCUGUUUUUAAGCAUUUUUGUGAAAGUCUUAGUUAGUCUCUACACAUUUCCAAAUGUGAUUGCUUCUAGUUCAGUGUGGCUGAGAAAGUUUGCAACUCCACUAAAAACUCUGAAACAAACUUCAGUAUGAGUGUAAAUACAUUAGUUCUAUAACCAAGGAUUUGAGUAAUUACAGUGAAUUUUAUUUAUGCUAUAUAUGUUUCUCAUACUUCAGACACUAUGAACUGAAAAGAAAAAUGUCUUCUUACUGUUUAAUUUAUUUUUAUUGUUUGAACAGGAAGUGAACAUAGUUAUUUCCAACAAAGCGUUACUUUUUGUAGCAUUUUAAAAGUGAUGAUUUUUAUCAGGAGUCUAUUAAGGUCAAUAUUAAUAACACUGAAACAGGAAAUCUAACUCCCAAUAUUGGAAUUUCGGUACUUUUUUUUCACAUCUUUGCUCUUUAUUUGGCAACUCUCUGAUUCAUUUAAAUGUGUUUUCUAUAGAAUUCUAUGUGCCUUUUUACCUUGUGGCCUUUUUAUUAUUCUUACUAAGGUACAGAAGUGUCAACAGAAGCACUGAUGGCUCUUUUUCACUAUCUAACAGGGUUAAUUUCACCACAGAAUUGCUUUAAAUCCAAAGAACUUAAGUUUCACUUAUAUUAUUAUGUAUAAUGUUUAUGAUGCAAAUGGAUGAACAACUAAUUAUUGUUGAUGCUUUUCAUUACAAUGAAAAUAACAAUUAUAGACUACCAUGUAAAAUCAAUUCUGUAAGCUGUGAAAACAACCAUUUUAAAGUAAGGACAGCAUAUGUAAAUUCUGUUGAGCAGAAUUCUGUCCUGUUGAAACUUAGUUCUAAAUGUUUUGAAUCAGUUGUUACAUUAUGACAUAUGACUGUUUGCACUAUAUUAUCAUGUCUUCUUUAAAAGUAAAUUUUUGGGUUUCUGUAAGAAGCUUGUUUGAUAAUGUUGUGAGCUGUGGUUAUAGUUUUUAUCAGGACUUUGAACACAAGAUGUAAUAAUGCAAAUACACUUACAUAGUGAGUAAACUCUCUGGUAUCUGAAAAGAAGAAAAGUGAGAGAAUGAUCUCUUCAGAGAUGACUUAAAGUUGUUGAACAUAAAGAUGUUACCACAUCUUGCUUUCUUUAAGAUCAGAACAAAGGGUCCACCCCAGAUCGCUGCAUGCCCGUCGCUGAGCAUGUUGAAUAAGGGCCAUAGAGGAUUUAACUUUUGUUGUUAUUACAGAUGGAACUUGCAGGCAUAGAUGAAGAGCCCUGUGAAGAAUUCCUCUCCCAUCAUUUUGAUAAAGAACUUAGUGCCAUUUUCCAUGGAAUUAGUGAAUGUUCCUAAACUGCUGAAACUACAUGUUUUUUGUUCUGUUUUUUACAAAAUCAGGUGUUUUAUUAGAGUUCUCUUUCACUCCAACACUACUUAUACAGCUUGUUUUUUUCUUUGGGUGUAUGCUGAUCAUGUUACUGAGAUUAAUUACAUGGUUCUAUAGGGUAGCUUACAUGAAAAUGAUGUUUUCCACUUGAUUGCUACAAAUAUCAAUCGUUUGUUAAUUAUUUAAAAAUACCCAUCCAAUAAGUGAGAUGGGACGGUUUAUAAAGUUUAUAUAUAACUGGAGAAGUUUUAUAUGUCUUCCAAAAACGUAAGCCUCUCUUUUAUUCACAGUUCUUCCUCUUUUCUCCCUUAAGAAAAAGAAAAGAUAGCACAAAACUUAAGAC